UACAAUAAAACGAUGAUGACCACUCAACGUAGUUUACAGAGUCAAAUAAAUCACAGACUUGUGGCUCACUACCCAGCUAACAGUCUAACUUGCGCCACCUUUCUACAAGGAGGCUUUAACUUUUGUCCAGCCCUCGAGCGUGACGUCAAGAAUUACGUGACCGCCUCUGUUGCGAAAAAAAGUGAAAAAAAGGAAAAAGUGACAACUUUGUGCAUCUCUUCUCUCGGACAUAUAGAGAAAAUAAUGUCAGCUUUCUGCUUUGACAUCAGACCUUUAAAAGAGCCGCUGGGAUUUAUACGCAUCCUGGAAUGGGCAUUUGUCAUAUUUGCAUUUGCAUCAACUGGUAAUUAUUCCGGCACUACCAGCUUUAAUAUCCAGUGUCAAGGGAUUGGUGUUAUCCAUGAGAUCAAUAUCUCCUUUGAAUACCCUUUUAGACUUAAUAAACCAGGGUUUGAUGUACCAACCUGUGAAGUCAACAAAACAUCACCAAAAACGAAAAAGUACUAUCUGACCGGAGACUAUUCAUCUUCAGCUGAGUUCUUUGUUGCAGUUGGAGUCCUGGCCUUCCUCUACUGUACCAGCAUACUUGUGGUGUAUGUUGGCUACUAUCGAGUAUAUAGCGAAUCAAAACGUGGACCUAUGAUUGAUCUGCUAAUAACUGGAGUCUUCACGUUCUUGUGGCUGGUGGCUUCUUCUGCCUGGGGAAAAGGCCUGACUGAUGUGAAAUGGUCUACAAGUACAACAGAACUUAUGUCCAUAAUCACUGUCUGUAAGGGUCAGUCAAACAAGUGUACACCGGGUGCCAUUCCUCAAUUCGGCCCCCUCAAUUCUUCAGUGAUUGCUGGGUUUCUGAACCUCAUCUUAUGGGCUGGAAACUGCUGGUUCAUUUUUAAGGAGACACACUUCCAUACUCCUUCACCCAGUUAGCAAGGAACAAGAAGACAGCCUUGAGGAGAAGAGAAAGAGAAACGGCUAUGCUCACAGUUAUCGUUUGCAGUUCUGACAGUUGUGUUUCAGUCACUAAACUUCCUGUGUGACAUUUACAGGAAGCAAUGGUUUGGUUUACAGUAUCGUUGUUUAGUACAAUCGUUUGAAAGUAGUAUAUUAUCAUUUUCCCUGCUCUAAAUUGCUGUCAGUCUGAAGAAAUCAAGCGUAAGAAGAUGAAAAUAUAUAUAGUCAUAUACAUGGCUCAUAAAUAUGAUUUAAACAUGCAUUCAAAAGAAAUCACACAUUACACACCCUCCAUGGUUUUAGUAGGCAAUAACCAUAGUGACCUCAGCCUAGAGCUUCCUGUUUUUGAUGAUUAAUUUUGUACCCUUUUGUACUUUGGGCCUUUUCUUUUCACAAAACUUUAGGCAUUUUAAAAAAAAAAAGUAUCAUGUAUAUCUUGGGGUUUAGAUCAUAAAAAAUACCUUGUCAAGAAAAUUUCCUAGUUAAGCUUUCUAAUGACCAGUGAACCAUGAAAGUAGCUUUAGUUGCGGUUAGAUUUGGGGACAUCUGUUACAGAAGGAACUAUGCAUACAGUAUGAAUUACAAUAUGAAUUUGUGCUGCCUUUUUUUUUUUUUUCUUUCUCAUUUUACUUUUUCCUACAGGCCUCUCAUGAAACAGAAUAAGAUUUCAUCUUUGUUUUUUUUUGUUUUUUUAACUGAGGUCAGAAUUAUAUAUAUAUAUAUAUAUAUAUAUAAUAUAUAUAAAAAAUUCAGUACCACUGAUGUUUUUAUUGCUUAACUCAAGUAAUGUCAUUGAUUUGCUGUUAUUUUUGAUUAACCUAAUUAAAUGAUUUAGAAUGAAUGAAUGGUUUCCUGUUCAUGCACAUAUGACAUUAGGUUUUGUUCACUUGUUAUGCAUGUACGAUAUCCAAAUGUGCCUUGGCAAAUUGUAUUGUUUUUAUAUUUUACUGUAUUGUAUAGAAAACAAUAGUAUUUUGUUAUUUGUAUGCACUGAUGAACCUGUUCAUAGAGUUAUGUGGUUAGGAAUCUGUUAAACCAAAGAAAAAAAAAAGAGAAAAGAUUUAAAUAGUUUUACUGUGAAAUUAACUUUUGACUUUAUUGGGUGAUUGUAAGACCUACAUGACACAACCAUAUUUUAAUUAAAGGAAAAUCCCACUGUGAAGCACUUUAAAAUAAGUAUAUUGACAUGUGAGGUACUUACUGAUUCUGGUGGUAAUUUGUUAGUUGAUGCUGUAUAUUUGAUAUAUUUAUGUCAAGUGCAUGUGUGCUGUGGUAAGUGCCUCUCAAAGAUUAUUACUGACCACAAAAUCGGCCAUUUGCAGUUGAAUUACAUCCAAGAAUCUCCUGUCCAUGGAAUGCUUUCAGUAAAAUGAAUGAAGUCAA